AUGCGAGAUGAAGGAGGCGUGGCAAAAGCCUCGAGCUUCGGCAGAUCCCCACCGGACAUGCUGCCGCUCAACCCGCCCGCCAAGCGACCACCACCAACACCCACAGCACCAGCCCUACCGUGCCCGGCACCAUCCACAGCAGCAGCGCCAAAAGCAACCCCACCAGCUACAUCAGCAGCCAAAGCGGAAAAUGCACCCGCAAAGCCCGCAGCAGAAGCACCUGCCAAGCCCAAGCCACCAGCACCCCCAGAGUCCACAGCAGCACCCGAACCCAAAGCCGUAGCACCUGCCAAGCCAACCCCCCCAGCACCCCCAUCCCAGACCACGGCACCCGCAAAGCCCACUGCACCCGCCAAACCAAGCCCACCACCGCCACCCGAGACCACAGUCGCACCAGCGAAGCCUCCACAGGCCAAGCCCUCUGCACCUGCCAAUCCCGCCACGACCUACACAGUGCUGCAAAAGGCUACACCACCAGAGCCACCAGCACCCGAGGCCGCCGCACCUGUGAAACCCACAGCACCCUCCGCAGCUAAAGCCACAGCCAAGCCCAGCCCUCCAAAGCUGCCGCAGCCAGCCACCGCUGAGGGUAUUCCUGGAGGAGUGAAAUCUGCACCCGCGCAUCCGGCUGAAGGCGCAGGUAUUCCUGGAGGAUGGAGAUCCGCAUCCACGCAUCCAGCCGAAGGAGCAGGCGAAGCAUCGGAGCAAGAUGCGAAGCCCGGAGGGAGUCAUGCUGCUGCUGAGUGGCUCAGAAGCCGGACGUUAGCACAAGGUUCCGGGAUGGCGAAAGCCGCCCCGCCAUUUCUGCCGAUCCCUUCUUCGACCCUGCCCUUCAAAGCAGCGCCGACGCAAUCCAGGCCGCAGCUUCCCCCCAGCCUUGCCCAGCAAGAGCCGCCUUACAAGGCGGUGCCAACAGCCAAAAGCUUUGAGCAGCCAGGGCAGUUCACCCGAGACUCCUCCCCGGAUGCGUCGCCUCAGAAUCGCAGCGCAUCCCACUCGAACCCGACGCUGCUUCAAAGCGGCAAGGCAGCACAGCGCCGACGCGUGCUGCCAGCGGGCGAGAAGGAGCUGAACCCCAAGGUGCUCCGUGAGGCCAGCUGGGCCAGCGAGCGGCUCAAGCCGCUGCUGGAAUUCCUGGGCAUGGCAGAGGAGCUGAGAGGUCAGAGCAGCCUCCACUGUUGCCAGAGGGUCGCUGAGCGCUUCAACAAGGAGGUGCUGCAGCUGGCAGAGCAGCUUUCUAGCGAUCGCGAGCUGGCGCGUCUCUUCCAGACAGUGGCAUCCCAGCACAUGGGCAACAGCCACACCCACGAGGUGCGUACCACCCCAUCGCCGAUCCUUACGAAGUUUCUCUGCAUGUGCCUGUCUUAUGACAGCUGCACGGCCGUCCUGACGAGGGAGGACAUGAUGCUCAAGCGCGUCAUGAUCUCCGGGGAGCAAUUGUUGGCAGCGGCCAUGCUCUCGGUGGCGAAGGUCCAGGGGCCAGUGGUCAUUGACACUCCCAUUGGCUACACCUCUGGUCCCUCUCUGCAAGCGCAGGAGGCCGAGAUCUCGAAACGAGAGAGGAUCAUCCAGGAGUGCCAGUCGGAUCAGCUAUUUGAAUGGGUUCACGCUCUGGCCACCAUUCUGCUGGUCCGCGAGAAGCCCAUCACAGUUGGCCUCGGGCCUCGGAACUGGCUAGUCUGUGGCAGCACCGCCAUGACGGCCAAGCUAGUCAUGUCAGGAGACGGCAGGCUGACAGUCUCAUUGGGAGAAGGCACCAGCUACAGAGAGCUGGACGGUGUGACGUCCUACUUUGGUGGAGUCAUUGGCUCCUUGUUUAGGAACAUGUGGGACCGUGUGGAAAUGGAUGCCAUCCUCGAGACCGAUGGCAACUUUGAGAUCGUCGCGUCCACGGUCAAGUCCAUGUAUGACCAAACCUGCAGGUCCUGUGGCAUAGUCAAUCGACUCAUCAUUCACAUGCCCGUGGAUGGUGUAGUUAAAUGCGUUAUGCGCAUUGACCAUAGGAUUGGGGACACGGUGGGCAAGACGAACUAUCUCUCCCAGCAGAAGCGGCUUGCCGAGGCCAAGAAUACCAAUCCGGCUGACAAGCGCCACCGGGACAACAGCGACUGGCAGGAGUCGGGAUGGAGUCAUUCAAGCUGGUGGCAGGGCUACUAUGAACAAGAUCAAGGAGAUCAAGACUACUCCUCAUCGUCCUCGUGGCAGUGGCGUGAGAGGUAG